CCCAAUUUUCUUAAGUUUAGUCAUUGGUGUUUCUCUCUGUCUCUGGACAAUUUCUUUUGGUGGUUCAUGUUUUUGUUUUUUGUAUAGACGGUUAGCAUUAAAACUGAAGCGUAUAAAGUAUGGACGAAUUGACCUAGCAAAUGGGAAGCGAAGGGAAUGGUGCCUAGGGAACUACGAUGGAUCUCCUCGGAUCAAACCUAACAAGCGAAGUUGGACUCCGUUUGCUCCUUUGUCCUCUUGGUUCCAACGUCGUAAUUCGAACAGCAUGUUGCGGUGUCGGAGUUGCUUUGCCUGUUUACUCUACGUUCAAGGCAAUAGAGAAUAAAGAUCAAGAUGCUCAACAGAGGUGUCUUUUCUACUGGGCGGCCUACGGUUCGUUCAGCCUUGUUGAAGUGUUCACAGACAAGCUUAUUUCAUGGUGUCCCAUGUACUAUCACAUGAAGUUUGCAUUUCUUGUCUGGCUUCAACUUCCACCCACCAGUGGAGCAAAGCAAUUAUAUACGAACCACCUGCGCCCCUUCUUGUUGAGGCAUCAAGAGCGAGUUGAUCAAGUGUUGGGUUUUGCAUAUUGUGAAAUGAUCAAACUGGUCAGUUCAUACCAUGCAGAGAUCAAGCUUGUCAAGAGCAUGGUAGUAAAGAUUACCGGAUCAGCCGAAAAACUGCUGAGAGGCACUGCUGAAUCAGAUAGAUCGCAGCAACAUAGUUCUGCUGAAGACCCUGCAGUGCCCUCUGAUACUGAACCUGACCAAAACCAUAAUCACUGAUGAGUGCCUCCAGGAAACGCCAUGGACUGUGUAAUAAGGGAGACUAGACUUCUUAAUUAGCUUUUUUUAAGGUAGUCAAUAUCAGGAAUUUUGUAAAUUUAAAUUUUUUAUUCGAGUUUAGGAUAAAGUGAAACAACUGUGGUUCAGUGUAACAAUUAAAGAAGAGGGAGUUAAAAAAACAGAGUAAUAUUAUCUCAAUGUUAUUAAAGAAGUUUCUAUGUGAUUUUUAAGUAACUUUUUUGUGUA